AUGGAUGACCAAGUGAAAGCAGCCAGCUACGGCUCUUCUCCCGGGCGAGGCCUGUCACCGACCAGCAGUAGCUCCGCUCAGCCCGAAGCUCUCCUAAUCCCCGAGCUCAAAGCAGGAAUUUACCUGGGCGAAUCGGCGUCUGAAUCCAAGGGGAGGCCGAGGCCGCUGUGGCGAGAGACUAUAAUCCGGGCCGGGAGGGGGGGUGGCUACGGCUCCUCUUCCGUCUCCUCAGUGCGGGGAACAUGUAGAGCCGGGGGGAGACCAGCCGAGAAGACAAAUCGCUGCUUCUUCUUCCUCCUCCUCCUCCUUCUCCCACAUAGAAACACUCACAAACACCCGACCGGGGGCCCGAGCUACCGGGGGGGCAUCGCCGCCGGCCCGGGAACCAAUCCUCCAGUCGGCGGGGGCGUCCCUCCCUGCGGCUUGGUGGUGUCGGAACAAAAUGCCGACCGGAAGUGCAGCUGCAGGAAUGACUCCCUCCGCCGGCGCCAAACACUAACAACCACCCCCUCUUCCCCACUCCACUUCCGCCACCGCCGCGCCGCCGCCGCCACUUCGGCUCGCGUCUUCGGCUGCGCCGCAGCGCACGGCCCGCUCCGCUCCGCACCGCACCCGGGGCCGGGCGGCGGCCGGCAGCGAGGCGUCGGCGGCUCUUCUCUGCGCCCUUCUCCUCAGGGCGGCUGUGGAUGUUGCCUUUUAGUGUCGAUCCUGCGGAGCGGCGUUUUUGCUGCGGCACGGGCAGGCCGGGUCUUCCCGGUCUUUAUUUUCCUGGAGGCCGACCGGAGCGCGGCCCGAGUUCGGUGGUGGUCGCGUGCGUGGGGGGCGCUCAGGCCAGGACCGUCUUGCAGCCCGCGCACGCCGCCCCAGCUGCUCGUCUUUAGUUCUCGGGAGCCGAGCUCGGGGCGGCCACGUAGAGGACGCCCGCGAUCCGACGGCGACCGAGCAUUUUUUAAAUGGUGUCCCUGCAGCCGGGUGGAUGGAUGUAUCGUAUUGUACACCUUUCUCUCCUUUUGAGAGGCCAGACUUUACGCCCGUCUCUGCAUUAUUUCUGAGGAGUGAGAACGCAACGCAUGGAGGAGACGAAGAUUCUCAGCUGGACUGAAAUGGAACCAUGUUUGUGAUGCAUAUAUUUCUGGAAAUAUGUGGUCUUUUCUGGUCUUGCAUUUUGUUGCCGGUGGUUUUGGCUCUUGCCUAGCAGUCGGGAGAAGGGCCUGUAGGCGACGCUGUUCGAGCGAGGAGCCGGUCCGCGCCCCCCUCUAGGUGUGGGUGGAGCCGAGCACGCGGGGAGAGCCGGCGGAGUGCGGGCCGCGGGGGGGCCUAGGGCCAGCCGGUUUCAGACUUCGUUUUCCUUUACGUUCGAAACAGUGAGGUACUGGCCAAGGCUGGAGUACAAAUGUGAUUAUGUGUACAGUUCCAAGCCUCCUGUAGUCUCUGACUGAAACACGUGAAAUAACUUUACCGUACAGGUCACUAUUAAGUUUACUUCUGUACAUUAAAAGGGGGCUUUUCUUCAGGUAAAAAGUGCAUAGGUAAGCGAAUUUUACUCAAACGGGACGAAAUUUGUGUUAUAUUUUCAUGAGUUUACUUAAAUGGUAUGUUAAUUAUAUAUGCAUAUGUACCGGUACGCUGAAAGUAAACAGGAAAAUUUUCCCCACAGGUUAUUCCUUUUGCCUCACAUCACUCGAAGGGCUAAAUCAGAUCUUGUCACUCCUUUACUCUAGACCCUGCCAUUGUUUAGCUGGGAGUAAAAGCCAAAGCCUUGACCGCGGCCUAAAGGAGGUGCGCUCGGUGGGGCGGGGGGAGGCUGCCUCGGCCGCCUUGCAGGCAAGACGUCUGUCCUGGCUUUUCCUUGGGCCAGGCUCCUUCCCCAAGGACCACAGAGUUUGCUGCCUCACCUUCAGGAUUUUGCUCAACUGUGUCCUCGGGGCUCCGUGGCCACUCUUUAAACUGCAAGUUCCCGGUCCCUUUUCCCCAUUUUUAUCCUUCAGGCGUUCUACAUAUCUUACAUGUUUAUCUCGUUAUCUGUUUUAACCAACAGAAUAACGUUAAGCUCUAGGAGGGCGAGGUUUUUUUUUCUCCACUGGUGUUUUGUGGAGAAAAUAAUUCCUGACACACAGUAGAUGCUUAAUAUUUGGUUAAUGAAUGAAUGACGAUUGUAAGGGCCCUGACCCCACCCACACAUACACCAGUUUCUGAACUCUGUCCCUUACAUAUGUAUAUACUUACACACUACAGAGAACUUUAUGAAAGAUUUGUGGGGGGGAAAAAAAAAACCUAGGGAAAAAAAUGCAAGUUUAUUAUAAAGUUCUAGGAAACGGUACUACUUCUAGACAUUGAAGGCCGUCCACAACAACACCAGAAGCCCACAAACUGUGAUAAUUAUUUGUUUUUGGGUUUCUGUAAAUGGGUUUGCUAGAGGACAGUGCAUUAUUGGAUUAUAUGAUCGUAUGCGUACUGGGGCAGUUAGCUUUGCUCUCUUCCUGAAUGACAAACUGCGUUCUUCAUCCAGUCUGUCCUCUUUCUUGCAAACGUUUAAUCAUUUAAUCACUAAAUUGAAUUCUGAAAAUUUGGUUGGCUUAGCCCAAAUCCAGCACUACUGUAAAAGUUCAUUCAGCAAGUAUCUAUCGGGCACAAAAUGUGUGCCCGGCACAAAGAUUCAAAAGGUGCUGUGUUUCUGAGGCUUAAAGGACCACAUAUGGCUACUUCGGUUACUACUCAAUUAUGCUGUCAAGCAAAGCAAACGCUAGUGAGAUUUAUUUUUACAGUUUCCUUCUGAAGAAAAGGUUCAGUGAAUGCUGAGGUCAGGCUUAUUAGUGUGGAUAUUUUAAUUCACCUCUUAGUUUGCUGUUCAUUUACAUUUACUUUAUGAUAAGUACCAGGUAUACCAAUAAAUUAAUUGAUAAAUGAUUUUUGAAAACUGAAACAAAUUGAGAAUUUUUAUUUUCUAGUGGUUGGAUAAACAGGGCUUUGAAAUUAAAAUACAAAUGCCAGGAAACUAACAACUAUGCUAUAAGCCUUUGGCAGUGAUAUUACAAAUAAUCAUAUUUCAUGUAUGGAAUUUUUGGACAAGAAAAGGUAUUUUAUAACCAUUAAUACAAUUAAUUAGACACUGUUUAGUAAAUCCGUUUGUUCAUUAUAAGUGUACCUUUUAAUCUUAAAGAAUAGCUUUAAUAUAUGGGUGGUUCAGAAUAUGUUUUUUGUUCAUUUUCAAAAUACUAAUAUUUCAAUUUGCUUAAAGAAGCACCAUUAUCUUCUUAUAUACUUCCUUAAAUGUUACUGGUAAGCUGAUAAUUUUGCAUGUCCAGGUAACGAAAGUCUUGGCAUUAUUGUAGCAUUUAAUUUAAAAUUUUACAUAUUUUUUAGUUUCUUCCCUCAUUUAUUUACUAAGGACUUAACUAGGUGCUAUAAUUGGCUUUACAAUAGGCACCUCCUAAACAUUAGUGAAUUAAAAAUAGACAGGGUCCCUGCCUUUUAAGUGUUUUAACUUGUAUAUUGUUUAUACCAAUUUUUUCCAAAUCAUAGAAUUAAUGAAAUUGUUUCAAUGCAUAUCAGGAUAUUUCUCCAUUAAAUCAAUUAGUGUUUUGCUUGCCUAAAUUUAAGUAUCCAAGUUGAGAUCUUGUGUAGACUAUUAAUAGAAUCUUAGUGUUUUCUCUAUUUCAUUGCUUUGUUUCUUGGUGUUUGUUUUUUGGGGGGGGGUUUGCUUAAUAAUUAUUUUCCUCACCACCAUCUAUUUAUUUUGCUCUUACAUUUUAAAACCUUUAUGUCCAAAAUCAGUUGAUUUAUGGUGGGCUUAUGUUUCAUUGUUAGAUCAUUGAUGUAUCAAUUCUUAGUGUGUAGGGUAGCCCAGUAAACCUUAAAUCCGACUUAAUAUUGCCUCCUUGCUUUAAGUACUGAGUUGCACUACUCAUUUUAUUUGCCAAGGAGAUUCCUGGAUAUUCCCGUAUGUAUUCUUGAUCAAUAAACUGCAAAAGAUUUAAUAAAAUAUUUUAAAACGGAUUUUAAGUAUUAACUACUGAAUGUCAUCAACAGGAAUUGGUACAAUUGGCAAAUUAUGAAUUAUUUUUAUUGAAAAUAUUUUUAAGAUAAAUACAAUUUGCCAUAAAAUGAUAGGAAUAAAAAAUUUUAGAAAAUAAUUUUCUUCUCAUUAUUUUGUCUACCAGUUUUAUCAUUUGUUAGUGAUAAAAUUAACCUACAGGAACAGAUUUUGAAAAAAUAGACAUGUAAUAUAUAUACGUUUCGUAGUUUAUUUCAAACUACCAAACUUAUUUCACAUAUCGGAUAAUUAAAGUUACUUUUAGGAUGAUUUUUAUCUUAAACUUUGACAAAGUAUUAAUUAUAGAUGUUGAUUUGAAGGUGAGGUACAAAAAUAUCAAAUAGUCUGUAAAUGUUUCUAUUUCAAGUUCUCAAAGUAAAUACCUUUAUCAAAUUUGUGAUAGUGUUUAUGAAGGUUAUUCAACAUAUCUUAUCCAUUUUUGUUAAGAUGAUAGAAAUGAAUGGUUUUUCCCCUGAAUGACUUAGUUCAUGUUGGCCUUGGAGAACAGGCUUUGUCUUUUCAUUAAUCCUUCUCGCCUCUAAUUAAGGAUUUUCUCUAAAUUCAUAGAUUUUAUUAUUCAUGCUAUCCAUUUAUAAUCCUGUGACUUUCCUAUAUUGUUGUUUAUAUUUUUGUGUAGCUAUGCCUUAUGUUCCUGGAUCAAAGUGACUAGUUCUGUGUUAAUACUACAUUGCAAGUUUCACUGUGCAUUGCAUUACUGUAGGGCACUCAAAAAGUGCACUUAUGAAAUAUAAAUUCAAUAUAAAAUUAUUUAGGGUCAUUAAAUCAUCAUGAAAGCCUCAUCUUAAUGGAACCUAUGCAUAUGCUGAAUGUGAACCAGAGAAUUAAACUCUACACGCAUUUUAAUACUAAACUAAUCUGGAACAACACUGUUUAAAAAAAGAUUUUAUCAAUGAAGGAAAAAUACAAAAUCCAUUAAAAACUUAACAUCUAAAAUAGGUAUGAAGGGAGUGCUUAUGAUGCACAUUUCAAAGCACCUCCUCUAGACCAGUGUUUUAAA